CAAUGUUUAAGGAGCGGCUGGCUUAUUGGUCGCUAGUUUCGAGGAGCGGAUGUCGAAAUCGCGACGUACACACGUAAACGCCAUGACAACAAUGGACGCGAUUUGACUAGGAAUUCUUCGCUCAUAAUUAGAUAGCUUAAAGGAAAGAAUUUAUCGCCAGGUGUCAAAUCUUCUUGACCAAAUCAAUCUCAUUGAUUGUGACAUUGUGAAUCUGCUGCCAAGAUGAGUCGUCUGUAUGACACGGUGGAGCCGUCUGUGGUGGAUGAGAUCAUGCUCCAGAAAGCAGUCGAGGAGCAGGGGCCCAAGGAAGAAGCCGGCAGGAUAGCCAAGGCAGAGGGAAUAGACUUUACAGAUGUGACACAGCUUAGACUGGACUUCAAAAAUAUUCUCAAAGUUGACAACUUGUGGCAAUUCAACAAUUUGGUCAAGCUGCAGCUAGAUAACAACAUCAUUGAGAAGAUUGAAGGUUUAGACACUCUUGCUCAUCUUGUUUGGCUUGACCUCUCCUUCAACAAUAUUGAAGUGGUAGAAGGUUUAGAAAAGCUAGAGAAACUGGAGGACCUGACUUUGUAUAACAACCGUAUCGCAACCUUAGAGAAUAUGGACAGCCUCACCCAACUUCAUGUUUUUUCAGUUGGCAAUAAUAACCUUUCUUCUCUAGAAAAUUUAAUCUACUUGAGAAGAUUUAAAGGUUUGCGAACACUCAACCUGGCAGGCAAUCCAUUCUGCGAUGAUGCAAACUACAAGCAGUUUGUCGUUGCUCACAUUCCCACCCUGGCCUACCUGGAUUUUAGGCUCAUCGAUGGAAACACAAAAACGGCAGCUAUGGAGCAGUACAAGUAUGCUAUCGAAGAACUGAUGGCUGAUGAGACAGCAGCAGAGAACAAGAGGUUGGAGAUAGAACUCAAAGAGAGCAAGUUUGAGAAGCAGAAGCUUGCCUAUGUUGAGAACCUAGAUGGACCACAUCUCUUUGAUAACAUGUUUGCUGAGGACCCUGAAGCAAGCAAACUGGGAGCCCUACCUGGGGUCGAUGAACUAUUGGCUGUUUACAAGGAGAAGAUGGUGGCCAUUUGCCAGCAGGUCUUUGCCUUUGGGUUGCAGGAGCAUGAGAAGCGAUGCAAGGAGGUGGACGAGUUCUAUUCUUGUGUGCAGGAAGCCAAGGAUGAGAACAAGGAGAUGGCUGUAGUCAUCAUCAAUGAAUUCAACAAGUACAAAAAGAAGAUUGUGGCAGAGCUGACAGUGAUGAGUGAUCCAAAUGGAAUUGAAUCCCAGAUUACGGAGUACAAAGAGGAGGUUGACAAACUUUGGGAUAGGUUGAUGGGAUUUGAACUUCAGUUGGUGGAUCAACUAGAGGAUACGAUAAAGGAUUUUGAAAGGAACCUAGCAGACAUGGUGUCAUCAUUUGUGGAAUUUGUCCAAGGAUUGAUAUCUCAGGUCAGAGAUCUAGAGAAUAUCCAUCAUGAACGUCUGCUGGAGAUUGCCCAUAUCACACUGGAGAAAUAUGUCAAGAAUGAACUGGAUGAUGAACUACCAGAAGAUCUUAGAAUGCUCUUGGUUGACAAAGAUACCAUCACCAAUGCCGUGAGCGCCUCCCACGACGUCCAUCUCCUGAAGAUUGACAACCGAGAAGACGACAUCAUUCAGCGUGCCAAUGGCUGGCUGGGAGCACUCAUGGAGCGUAUCCAUAAUGAGGAGGAGGUGGCCAGGAACAGGGACCGCGUCAAAGAGAUCAACAACUUCAUUGACCAUCUCAAGGAUGAUAUCGAAAACAUGGAGCUACCCAAUGCGAUGUGAGAAGUUGGAGAUAAAGCCAGGGAAAUUUGACCAUUUCCUGAUGGAACCGUACUAGCUGGACUUUGCAUGUUGGAAGAUUAUUAUCAAAUCAAAUCUUGGAAGACAUGAGUAAAUUUUAAGCAUUGCUUAUAUUAAUAAUAUUUGGGCAAGGAGCCAUCACAUAAUAUGUAACUAAUAGCCCUGAUAUGUGUUUACAUGUUACUCCGAUGGAUAUGAGUAGGUACAUGUAUUUCUGACUUACAUUUGUUUUUCUUAUAAUUUUGAAAUUGCUGCUCAAUACAAUAGCCUAAUACACAUAUUUACUAUUGUAAGUUGUAUUCUAUGGCCGUUUUAAUGCAUUACGACUUUGGGAAGGCAAAACUGGAAAAUGUUGUUCUUGAGUAUUUACAGCAAUUAUUUGUCAAAGGUUGUCCAACCUGGCAACUACAUUCAUUAUGAUCUUCAUCAAGACACAACACCUUUUGGGAUUGGUACUGUAAAGAAUGCACAUACAAUAUACCAAUGAAUUAUUGUUACAUUUGAAGAAUAGGCCUGUCCUUGAUAUGAAUGAAACAUGAUAUGGACAUAGGCAUCCAUUCUUGCCCAUCACACACACCUUUUAUUCACCCAUGCAAUGCACUUAAAUAGAUCCUCACUUCCAGCCUGGGAGGCACUCUUUUUCUGAAGAAAAAAAAAAGAAGUUUUUUUCAGAAGGCUUGUAAUACCAAGA